AUGAACAUUCCGGCGGACCCCCAAGUAGCCCGUAAAACAAAAAGAUACUAUGAUCCCCAGCCUAGCAUGAAACGCACAAACAUACUCCGUAUUAUACUGCUGCUAUCAUCGUUGGUUAUUGGGGGUGUUGUGGUGUUUCUUAUUGUCUACUUCGUCACUAGAAAGCCACAGUUGAUCCCCCCGCCGUCGGGUCAGACUAUCUCUGAUGAAUUAUUCAGCGACUAUCUCCAAACUGAGAAAGCUAUAUAUGCAUGGUCUCAUACGUCUCAGUCGAAGCUCGAUGGGCUACCUGCCUACAGCUCCCUCCUAUCAAAUGCUGAUAAUGCGUUUGACUAUCUACUAAACUUCACUGAUAGACACACAAUCAAAACGAUAUACUUAUAUGGUGGUUGUGCACAGUGGGACAGCGAUACGUGGGCUAAGGGUACCCUUCCAUUUUCAUCAUCGUUAGAGAAUGCCAUUAAAAAGGCCAAACUUAAAGGUUAUACCGUAAACCUGGUGGCAUAUUUGAACGAUGAUGCCAACAACAUGACUAACUACGCAUCUAUUGAAAAGUUAUCUACAGCAAUUGUUGCUAUGAAUAAAAAUCUAGGCUCUCAAGGCAUAGACUCUGUCUCGCUCAAGAUAAGCCCUACACAACCAGAAGCCUAUGCAUACUCCCUGGAAGCAUACCAGUUAGCCCAGUCUAUUCUCCGCCCGGCUGGCAUAAGCCUUGAAGGCAUAGCCCUUCCAGAGGAGUCACUGGCUCACUGGGCAUUUCGUCCAGAGCUCUACGUUAACCUGGGGGUUACAAGCACCAUCCUCCAAAUCAUCAACGAAGGCAGAACCUUGACAUAUGCAGUAGUACUCAGUGCCCUUGUAGAUAUAAUUAAUGUGGUAGCCACCACAACUAGCGAAUACACCCUUAUAGAGCAAUGGGAUAAGUUUCUUGAGCUUUCUAAAGAAAUAAGGCCCCACUUUGACGUUAGCGUAGCACCGUUGAAGGAGGCUGUGGCCACAGAUCCUGCCAGCUUUCUCCGAACGCUUCCUCAAUUGACGACUCUGUGUAGAACGUAUGAGAGUGUAGGACACAGCUGUGGAAGGCCGAGCCUGUCAUCGUAUCUAGACUACCACACUGGUCUGUAUAUACUGGAGCCCAUCAAUUCUGAUGCACGAUACCUAGCGGAUAUUUAUUACAAUAACGGACGCUAG